UCCAACUUGGACACUAUCGGAUAUCAGAUUUACACACGCCUACUUUCACAACACUGACCUCAAACUAAUCUCUUUUCUCUCUUAUUCAUCUAUCUAUAUACAUAACCCUCAACACCCAUUUAUUUUCACGUCCAAAAUUAUCAUCUUUUUCAGCAACAUAACCCAACAUGGAGAUGAAUUCAGAUCCUAGUGUUAUGUCUGAGGCAGAAUAUGAAGAUGAUACUUUCUAUGCAGAGAUUAGGAGGCAGAUUCUGCUAUUGACAUCAGAAGACAACGAGGAUUUUGAUUUAUUACAAACAAGAAGUUUCAAUUCUAUAAAUGUCACUGAUGGUGGUUCAGCAAGGUCAGUUUUCAGAUUUAGCUGCGCAUCACCACCUCCAAGCAAUUUUUGUUUAUGGGAAAGACAUGGUUCUGGUUCACCACCCCUUUGGCUUGUGAACUUAUGGAAGGGUGGUAAGGGUACUGGGGUGUUCAUUCCCCAAGUGGCAUCCAGAAAAAUUCAUAGACCAGGAAAACUGAAUAGCAGGAAAAAGGUCUAUAGACCAGUGGAUAACAAAAGUUGAAGAAUCUUAGAUAGAUUGGUUGAAGUUGAAUAUGCUUGAUCUUAAUCUAUAUGUAGCAUAGGAUACAAUGAUGAUGUUGCAUCAGUGGAAGAAUUACAGAACAUAAAAGGGUGAAAAGUUUGUACAACUACUGUUCAUUUAUGUACAGAUCUUAGUUAUUAUAGGGGAGUAAAACAAAAUUUGUGCAGAUUGUUUAAUGUAAUUUUCUGUUCUGUUCCAUAAAAAAACACAUCAUAUUGUUCGCAUUUCAAUGUAGAGCUUUUGUUUUUAUA